AAAAAGAAAAAUUAAAAAAAUAAAAUUUAUUAAAAAAAAUUGCUCCUGAAGAAGUCACCUGCAUAUAAAUCAGAAACCGUCUACAAGCAAGCAGUCGCGCUCCAACGCAUGAUUUCACACACAUGAAUACCAACGCAUAAUAUAUGCAUGUGCUCGUGUACCUGUAUAAGUCAAACCUUUUAUACACCGCUGAUCAGUUUGAAUGAAUCAUCAACAUCAACCUCGCAUCGCUACCAACCAACAGCCACCAAUUAGCCAAACAAUUAACCACACAUUCACACAUUUGCUUACCAAAAAAAUAAAAAACUCUGCUAUGCAUGUGUAGGUGUGUAAUCAAGCGACAAAACACGCAACAACUAAUUUUAUUAAAUAUUUAUUUGGAAGUCAGGUGCGAGUAAACAAAUCAUAAAAGCUGUUUUCUAUUCCAUUUUUGUAAAGAAAAAAUACAAAUAAAAAUUCAAGAAAAAUUACAAAAAAAAAUUAUCAAAACAAAAAUAAAAAGCAAAAUAAACAAAAAAUUACAAAACAAAAAAAUCUUAGCACCAGCAGUGAAACCAAUUAAAUUGACAAAUCAAAUACGAAAGUGCCCUAAUUUCAAGUUAAAUAUUUUGUUAAAAAUAUCAACGAACAGCAUCACAAGAAAACCCUCACUAUGACUAUCGCGUCAGGUUCUACAGCCAUGGCCCUACGCUUUGCAUCACUGCUGCUGCCUACUACGCUGGUCGUCGCCAAGGCAGCUUCUAGUGCCAAAGCCGCUGCAGCGCACGAUUGUCAGGGCAAGAUUUGCAAACCCAUUGAGGAGUACUGCUCGGUUUUUCUCGAAGGUUGUGAUCAGUGUGAGCGUAUUUGUGAUCCAGAAUCGCACAAUUUUCAACCGGAUUUGUGCGCGAGAGAAUGUGCCGACUACAACAAAUACGAUCCACUCAAAGCCGAAUUACACAGCAUUCACGAGCAACAAAAUACAAUACUGAUUCUACUGGUCGUACUACUCGCACUCAUCGCAAUCCGCUACAUCUACAAAUGCGUGCGCUGGCUACGAUGCAAGCGCUUCUGCACGUUGAUGCUAAAGAAGCUGCAUAAACAGCACGAAGCCGCGGGAGUGGAGGCCAACGGCAAGGAUUUAGUAAUCGGUGCGACAAUACCGAAUGUUAUGGCAAUAAACGGUGAUAUGGAACGGGCGCCAUCUCAGAUCUACAGCGUAACAGGGGCCGAAGGUUCAGUAAUGACAAUGACUACACCAGUAAGCACACGCUAUCCAGCAGAGAACAGUACAACACCAACAACAGUAGCGACAGAAUAUUCGUAUGAUAAUCAAGCGCUGGCAGUAACGCCUGUAUCAGAGAAACCAAAUGGUGGCGUUACCCAUGCCUUCUGAUCACACGCCCUGGAGUUGGCAAGAGGAACGAAGAAAAGCAUGUCAGAGGGGGGAAGUUAGAAGUGAUGAUGUGCGAAAAUGUAUUUAAAG